AUGAGUCAAAGUAAAACUGACGAGCAAAUGAAGACUAGCCUUAUGUCAAUCCGCCAAAUGUCAAACCUGCAACUGGAGAAAGCUUUGGAUAUGACAAAGAAGUUUGCAGUUCCAGCAAUGCCGCCCCCGAAAGAAGCGGCGGAUUUUGAUUUCGAUUUGGAUGAUGAAGAUGACUUGGAUCACCCGCAAAUGGGGUCCCGUGCGGAUAAAUCAUUGGGGCUUUUAGCCAAGCGAUUUAUAAGGAUGAUUCAAUUUUCACCGUAUGGCCGGUGUGAUUUGAAUACGGCCGCGGAAGCCUUGAAUGUCAGGCAGAAGCGGAGGAUUUAUGAUAUAACGAAUGUUUUGGAGGGAAUUGGUUUAGUGGAGAAACGAAGUAAGAAUAUGAUACAGUGGAAAGGUGGGGAUUUUAUGUUGAAUGCGAAGGAAUCGAGGAAAUUGAGUGGGACGACUGACGAGGAAAUUCGAAUUAUUCAAUUGAAAAGGGAUUUGGAGAAGAUUGAGAAGGAGGAGCGGUUGAUUGAGAAGCAUCAGCGGUGGCUGGUCCAAUCCAUGAGGAAUGUUUAUGAGACGGAGAUGAAUCAUCAGUUGGGAUAUGUUUUGCGAGAGGAUAUAGCGAAGAUUUUUGGGGAGGAUAUGGUGAUGGGAAUGCAGACGAGAACGGGGACACAGAUUAUGGUUAGCACACCGGAGGUCAGUGAUUUUUGGGGUGGGAAUGCUGAAAAUUUGAGAUUUUCAGCUGGAAUCGAGGUUUUUGAGCGAAAAUUCGGUGAAUUUCAACACAAAAUUGAUGAAUUUUGGUCUAGAAACCUGGAUUUUCACUCAAAAACUAGUCCGUAACCUAGAAAACCAAAUCAAUGGCCUAGAAACCCGAAUUUUCACCGGAAAACUAGUCCGUGACCUAGAAAACCUAAUAGAUGGCCUAGAAACCCGAUUUCUUCACUCAAAAACCUAGAAAACCGAAUAUAUGGCCUAGAAAACCAAUUUUAAUUCAAAAUUCACAUGAAAAACCCGUUUUUUCACACCAAAACCCCUCCCGUGGCCUAGAAAACCAAAUCUCUAGCUGUCACGGCCUAGAAAUCCAAAAAACAACCUUCUACACCAAAAAUACUUCAAAAAACCCGUUUUUUCACACCAAAACCCCUCCUGUGGCCUAGAAAACCAAAUCUCUAGCUGUCACGGCCUAGAAAUCCAAAAAUCAAUGUUCUAGACCAAAAAUACCUCAAAAAUCCCCAAUUUUCUCACCCAUGGCCUAGAAAACCAACCGCAAAUCUCUUCCAGGAAAACCCGCUUCGUGACGUGUUCACAGAAAACGACCAGGAUUCGGUUUGGCUCUACGCCAAAAACACGACGGGUCCAAUUCGAGCCGCCAUCAUCAGUGAUCACGAUUUCAAUGAAUUCGUCAAAGAGACCGAGAAUAAUAAUGAGGAGAGAGUGCAGAGAAACGAGAGUGUUAGAGAAGGAGAUGGAGAGACGAGUGGUGGAGACGUAGAGAUGACAGAGGAGGCGAGAGAAGAGGCAGUGAAGAUGGAGAAAGAUGAGGAGGCGAGAGACGCAGAGGAAAAAGAGGAGGAGGAGGCAGAGAAGAAGGGCGAGAAGAAAUGUGAGUGUUUUAUGGGAAUUUUAACCUAGAUCUGGGUUACUGUAGAUUUUUCGAAGGCUAAAAUUUAAUCUACAGUAAUCCGGGGCUUGUUUUAUAUCAAAAUUCACGAAAUUUCACGAGAAUCCCGAAUUUCGCCGCUAAAAUUUGAUCUACAGUAAUCCUGGGCUUAUUUAGUAUCAAAAUUCAUCAAAGUUUUGCGCUAAAGCGUACAGUAACCCGAUCCACGUGGAUUUAUCGAUUUUUGGCGUGAUUUUCAAUGAAUUUUAACCUAUACUAGGGUUACUGUAGAUUUUGAGCCCUGAAAUUUGAUCUACAGUACCCAAAGCCUAAGCCUAGGCUUGUUUGGUAUCAAAAUUCAUCAAAUUUCAUUUAAAAAGCCUACAGUAACCUUGUUUGAUAUCAAAAUUCACGAAAUUUCAUGAAAAUCCCGAAUUUCGGCGCUAAAAAUCGAUCUAGAGUAAUCCUGGGAUUGUUUGGUAUCAAAAUUCAUCAAAUUUCAUGAAAAAUCUGAAAUUUUCAGCCUCAAAUCCAAUUCCACCAGCUCAAUCGAUAUCUCCACCGCCUUCUAACGAGGAUUAUAUCUAUUCAACAAGUUCAAACGGAAAUUUUGGCGAUUCGGUUUUGGACAUUUAUAUGGAGUGA